CGACUAUUGACGCCUACUAGUCAGCUUCUUGUGUCGCUUCACGACCUUCUAUUUCGCACUCAUUCUCUUUUUUCUUGCUACACAAAGACGAGUUUGCUCGUUGCCACAAGAUGCUGUCUGCUGGUGGACUCAAAAUUUUCUCUGGGACAAGCCAUCCUGAGCUCGCAGAGAUCAUAGCACGCCGACUUGGCAUUCCUGUCUCGAACGCAGAAGUAACUUGCAAUGGUGUCGGGGAGACCUCCGUACGCAUCGGGGAGUCGGUGCGUGAGCACGACGUGUACAUCGUGAACACUGGACAUGGCGAAGUGAACAGAUCACUCAUGGAGAUGUGCAUCAUGAUCCAUGCUUGCAAAAUCGCGAGCGCAAAACGUAUCACGGCCGUGCUUCCUCUAUUCCCGUAUGCGCGUCAGGACAAGAAAGACAAAAGUCGGGCGCCCAUUACAGCUAAGCUCGUCGCGAAUAUGUUACAGAAGAGCGGGUGCGACCAUGUCGUUACGAUGGACCUGCACGCAUCGCAGAUUCAGGGAUUCUUUGAUGUUCCCGUGGACAAGUUAUAUGCAGAGCCGUCUGCCAUUUUGCACAUCACAACCAAUUAUGAUGUGAACGAUAUCGUAAUCGUCAGCCCGGACGCGGGCGGUGCAAAACGAGCGACUUCGAUUGCCGAUCGUCUAGGCGUGGACUUUGCACUGUUCCAUAAGGAAAGGAAGAAAGCGAAUGAAGUCUCGCGGAUGGUACUCGUAGGACAUGUAAAAGGGAAGACGGCGAUCUUGGUGGACGACAUGGCGGACACGUGUGGGACGCUCGUGCUUGCGGCAAAGCAGCUCACGGAAGCUGGUGCGACGAAAGUUGUCGCGAUCGUGACGCAUGGGAUUUUGAGUGGAAAUGCGCUGAAUAGCUUGGAAGAGAGCACGUUGGAGAAGCUGAUUGUGACGAACACGAUCCCGCAAGAGACCCAUCAGGCGGCGUGUUCAAAGGUGGAGGUGAUUGACAUCGGCAUAGUGCUUGCGGAAGUUAUCCGACGGAGCCAUUAUGGCGAGAGCGUCUCGAAGCUCUUCGAUGAAGUGCCGUUUUGAUCCCUUGACGCAGACUUUGCUGUAUGUAGACAUGUACUACUCGUAAGCACUACGGAAUAAAACCC